GUCAGCGCCGCAGCGGCGGAGGGGCUGCGGGGCGCGCGGGCCGUUGUCAUGCUGCUCUUCUGCCCGGGCUGCGGGAAUGGGCUCAUCGUGGAGGAGGGGCAGCGCUGCCACCGUUUCGCCUGCAACACUUGCCCCUACGUGCACAACAUCACCCGCAAGGUAACAAAUCGGAAGUAUCCAAAGCUGAAAGAAGUGGAUGAUGUGCUUGGUGGAGCAGCUGCCUGGGAGAACGUUGACUCUACUGCAGAGCCAUGUCCCAAAUGUGAACAUCCUCGUGCCUAUUUCAUGCAGCUUCAGACCCGCUCUGCAGACGAGCCAAUGACUACCUUCUACAAGUGCUGCAAUGCUCAGUGUGGACAUCGCUGGAGGGACUAGGCCAGGCUGGCCCAGCCAUGUCAGGGUCUGUCUGCGUUAUUCUCCAGAGUGCAUUCCCAGCUGGGAUUGAGCACUGUGUCCUGAGGGUCUUCGCUGGUGUGGUGGAAAGCUUUUUAGGGCUGGUGGCUAGGGUGUCAGGAAAUGGAUAGCCCAUCUGCCAAUCAGUGGAUGAAGUCACUAAUGUCCAGGGAGAUUUUAUGUGAGUGGGGGAGGGUUAUACACAUCUUGUUACACUCUGUUUAAGGUCCUGUUCAUUUAUCUUUCACAUUUGUUGGGUAAUUGACAUUCUUUUAUCAUCAACCAACACUCUUAAACAUUCAUAUUGUUUGCACAACUAAUAAAGUAAAACUUAUUAUCUUAGUACAUU